AUGGGGAAGACACUGUCCCACAUGUCCAAACAAACCUGUCAUGAUGAGUGCCAUUCCACCCUGGUGUCUGCCACUGAUUGCAAUGACAUGCCAAGUGAGGAUGUAAAAAGCAGUGGUGAUGUCUCUCAGUUCCCAUAUGUGGAAUUUACUGGCAGGGACAGUGUUACCUGCCCAACCUGCCAAGGCACUGGAAGGAUUCCAAGAGGUCAAGAGAAUCAGCUGGUGGCUUUGAUUCCUUACAGUGAUCAGAGACUGAGACCCAGGAGAACAAAGUUGUAUGUGACAGCCUCAGUCAUAGUGUGCUUGCUGCUCUCUGGGUUGGCAGUGUUCUUUCUCUUCCCACGAUCCAUCGACGUAACCUAUGUGGGGGUAAAGUCAGUCUAUGUCACCUAUGACCAGACCAAGCACAUUGUUUAUCUCAAUAUUACGAACACUUUAAAUAUUACCAACAAUAACUACUACUCUGUGGAUGUGGCAAACAUAACAGCACAGGUGCAAUUCUCCAAAACUGUGAUAGGAAAAACUCGUGUUAGCAAUAUAACUACUAUUGGCCCCCUGGAUAUGAAACAGAUUGAUUACAUGGUGCCCACCACUAUAGCAGAUGAAAUGAGCUACAUGUUUGACUACUGUACUCUGCAGACCAUCAAAGUACACAAUAUUGUGGUCAUGAUACAGGUGAUGGUCACCACAGCAUAUUUUGGACAUGCUGAGCAGGUUUCUCUGGAGACGUACCAGUAUGUGGAUUGUGGAGGAAAUGCUACAUUACUACAUGAAUACAAUCUCGAAGCUCCUACCUCUGAGUAGUUCUCAAGCCGAGGGUACACUAUGUUCAUUCCGUUUUCCUUAACUUAUUGUAUCCUUGUAUUAGGCCAAAUCCACUGAUCUCAUGGUGCAUGUGAUUUCUUUAAGUGGAAAAUUUUCCUGGUACAGCAUCAGCUUGCUAUUAAUAAAAUAGAAUGCCAUUUAA